UGGGGGUACCCUCUUCUACUCGGGCAGCCCGACCUGAGGCCAUGGCGGUCCCCCAGGUGGGCAGCAGGGGCCGGGUGGCAGCCGAGAGAAGGGGAAGUCGCUGCAAGGACAGGAAGCAGACGCUGUUGGCAUUGCUGGUCCUGGUGCUCUAUGUGGGCACAGGAAUAUCAGGAAGAAGUUGGGAGGUGUCAGAAAGGAUCAGAGAAUGUAACUACCCCCAGAAGCCUGUGACUUCCCAGGUGUUUGAAUGCCAGACCAGCGACUCCCCAGAAGAGCCGAUCAAGGUCAUGAGGACCUGGUUGAAAGAGAACUUGCAUGUUUUCUUGGAGAAGCUAGAGAAAGAGGUGCAAGAGCUGGAGCGGCUGGUACGGGACCUGGAGGAAUGGCUGGAUGCCCUCCUGGGAGAGGGGCACCCGGAGGACCUCUGCUCCACCGUCACAAAUCACCUGUGAGGGCAAGGGCUGCGACCUAGGCAGGAGGCCAAAUGGAGAAAGGAGUGAAUAGUCCAGGAGUUCCUCUAAGGAGUGGCACUUGAAGUUCAAGGCAACCAAGAAAAUAAAACAGUUGAGACAUGAAAAACUGUUGGCACCACUGCUGGUCCAUGAGGUGGCGCUAGUGGUGAAGAACCCACCUGCCAAUGCAGGAGACAGAAGAGAUAUG